AUGGCAUCCACUUGGGCUCCUGUGACCUCAGGGAGCCAGCCAGCAUUUUCCAUUGAUCGGAUUCUGGGUUUGGAGCUGGAAAGACCUGGAAACUGCCUGAAACUCCACCGACCGUGGGCAGCAGAGAAAGAGAACAGAGUAAAUGGUGCCUGCUCCAAACAACAACACAGUUAUCAACAAAAACAACAUCCUCAGCAGAUGAAUUCUCAAAGACCAACAUCAAACUGGUAUGUCGGACGCAGACCACGCACUGCCUUCACCAACAGCCAGGUGAAUGUUCUAGAGACAGUGUUUCAGGUGAACUGCUAUCCAGGUAUCCAGCUGAGGGAGCAGCUGGCAGGGAGACUCGACCUGGACGAGGACCGAAUACAGAUCUGGUUUCAGAACCGACGGGCCAAGCUGAGGCGUUCCUUCAGAGAAACACGUCUGCAGCUGGUCCAGACGGCCGUGGCUGACCUCGGAGUCAGACAACUGAAGCCUACAGGGGAGGUGCAAGGUGACAUGGAGCUCGCCCAGCGGCUUGCUUCCCGUCUCCAGCUUCAGGUGGAGGAGGAUGAGGAGGAGUGA